CUCUGGCUCUGGGUUGCUAAGGAAAUGUUCAACCAGGGGAAGGCUUGGAGGAAGAUGGAUCCUUCUCCACUCCAAUUCCUGAGAGUUCACUUAACUUGCUACUGUGUCCUGCUGACCUAAUGAUUUCCUAACCUGCUGAUCUACUACCCUUUCUGAAACCUUCUCCCUCCCCUCAAGUAUUUAAUCUGACGGUGGCACUGUCCCAUCCUUUCUUGUAACAAACACCUUCCCCAGUCCUAUCCUUUGUUCGCAUCCUCUCCCAUCCCUAAUUACCAACUUGUCCCCUUUCCCACUCCUCCGCACUCAUCCCACCCCCACCUGCUCCUGCCUAUCUCCACCUCCUCCCCCGUGCCCCAGUGCCCCUUGAAAGAACCAGGAUAUGGAGGUGUAGAGUCUGCUUUCUGGUUCCUCUUUUUUUUUUUUUUUAAUAUUUAUUUAUUCAGAGAGAGAGGGGCAGAGACACAGGCAGAGGAAGAAGCAGGCUCCAUGCAGGAAGCCCGACGUGGGACUUGAUCCCAGGUCUCCAGGAUCACACCCCGGACUGCAGGUGGUGCUAAACCGCUGCGCCGCGGGGCUGCCCUCUGGCUCCUCUUAUUCCUGUGUCCUGGUUGCCCAAACCCAAAUUUAAUUUACAGCAAAUAACUGAGAAGAUCAUUUGGUUUAAGAAAGAAAACAGGAAACUUGCUGAAGGAAUAUCCAUUUGGGAAAAGAAGGUAUAGAUCAGGGAAACAAAGAAACAUCUUCCAGAAACUGAGAGGAAAUAUGUUUCUCUCUGAUGAAGAUCCUAAAUUAAAGGAGAACAUCAAAACAGUUGAACAGCUUAGUGAAAAUUUAAAUGACACCCAUCAGUGUGCACAUACUAACAUGCAAUCUGAGAAAAAGAAGAAUGUCAAGAAUCAGGACAAGUUGCAAGAUGUAUUCGAGGAUCCAGAACUGAGAGUUUUGAGGUCCAAGAAAUGUGAUCUGGAAGAAAGUAAAAAGGUCCUGGAAGACAAGUGCAAUGCAUUGAGUUCUGUGAAAACAAUGAAGGAAGCAGAAUUGAAACAGCUGAAGAAGAAAGUAGAUACCUUGGUUGAAAUGGUUGAAUUCUAUGAACAAAAAAGAAUGGCUGCAGCAGAGAAACUGGAAAAGACACACUAUGAACUGGUGGCAAAGAAGAAUCAAUUCUCAACUAAAGAAGAAUUUUUUAAAGUAGCCACAGAAGAAAUAGACAGAUACAAGCAACAAGUCCAAGAAAUGCAAGAACAGCUGCAGGAGUCAGAACUGACCUUCAGACACCAGAUAGCAAUUCAUGAGAAGAAUGCUCAAGACAACUGGGUCAAGGCUCAGAUUUGGGAGCGGGAGAUAGCGCAGCAAAGCAGGGAGAAUGCCUACUUGAAACACAGACUAGCCAUACUAGAAGGAAAGAUGCUGCCUGAGAGACACAGGAGGCAGGAACUGAUUCCGGGAAGACCUGAGAUGCAGAUCCCUCAAAGGAGAGAAUCUAGACCAGUUCCCGAGAAGAACAGCAGCACCAUCCCUAAAAAGAACCCAGAGAUGGCUAAGAAAGCACUUUUCCACAUCUCCUGCUGGACCCCAGAAACUCCCAUCUCCUCAGUGGUGUCUGUUGCCAUGGACAGCCCUUGUAGCAAUAGAAGACCCCUUGUCAGGAUUGUUUCAGAUUUGAAGACUUCCUGGAACAGUAACAACCUGGCUGUGCAGAGAGCAUAUUUAGAAAAGAUGUCAGAUCUGCCUAAGGGUCAGAGUGUUUCCCCUUCCAAUCCUGUCCCCUGUGCUUUGUCACUCCUGUUAUCCUCCUAAUAAACCUUUCAUGGUUCCUUCUCCA